AUGGCAAAAAUCCUGGGCAUCGAUCUCGGCACUACAAACUCGGUAGCUGCGGUUAUUGAGGUUGGCGAGGCAGAAGUAGUCGAAAACGCGGAAGGCAACCGCAUCACCCCAUCGGUGGUGGCGGUAAACGUCCGGAGUGGCGAGCGGUACGUCGGGCAAAUCGCCAAACGGCAGGCCGUUACCAACCCGGAAAACACCAUCUUCUCCGUGAAGCGUUUGAUGGGCCGACGAUUUGAAGACCCGGACGUUCAGAAUGCCGCCAAGCGCCUGCCGUACAAAAUCGUUGCCGGAGAAAAUGGAGACGCCCAUGUGGAGAUGACGCCGAAAGCCAAACUGGGCGAGACCAUUACCCAGGCCGUGAUUACGGUUCCCGCCUAUUUCAAUGAUUCCCAGCGGCAGGCCACCAAGGACGCCGGCACCAUCGCCGGGCUGGACGUGCUGCGGAUAAUCAACGAACCAACCGCGUCAUCGCUGGCCUAUGGCAUCGACAAGCAACAGACCGAUUCCACCGUCGCGGUUUUCGACCUGGGCGGCGGCACAUUCGACAUUACCAUCCUGCAGUUGGGCGAUGGUGUGUUUGAGGUGCUGUCGACCAACGGCGAUACUUUCCUGGGUGGCGACGAUUUCGACGACACGAUCCUGGACUGGCUCGUCGCCGAGUUCCGUGCCGAAACCGGUAUCGAUCUGACGCAGGACCGCAUGGCUUUGCAACGGCUGCGCGACGCGGCGGAACGAGCCAAGAUCGAGCUGUCCAGCACGCUGGAAACCGAGAUCAACCUGCCGUUCAUCACCGCCGACGCCAGCGGGCCACAGCAUCUGGUCAAGCCGUUGACCCGUGCCCGCCUGGAGCAACUGGUUGGUGGCCUGAUUGACCGCACCGAGGGCCCGUGUCGGCAGGCCAUCUCAGAUGCCGGCGUCGGUUCCGCUAGCAUCGACGAUGUGAUUCUGGUCGGUGGUAUGACCCGUAUGCCGUCCGUGCAGGCCAAAGUACAGCAAAUUUUUGCCCGGGAGCCCUCCCGUUCGGUCAACCCGGACGAAGCCGUGGCCUUGGGCGCCGCCAUCCAGGCCGGCGUGCUGGCCGGCGAAGUUGGCGACAUCGUGCUACUGGACGUAACGCCGCUGACCCUGGGCAUCGAGACGCUGGGCGGUGUUACCACUGCGCUCAUCCCGCGCAAUACGACCAUCCCCACCAAAAAGACCGAGACGUUCACCACCGCCGCUGAUUCGCAGGCCAGCGUAGACAUCCACGUCCUGCAGGGCGAGCGCCCCAUGUCUGCCGACAACAAGACCAUUGGGCGGUUCAUGCUCGAUGGCAUACUGCCAGCUCCCCGUGGAAUGCCCCAGAUUGACGUUACUUUCGACAUCGACUCCAACGGUAUCCUGAGCGUUUCGGCCCAGGACAAGGGCACCGGCAAGGAGCAGCGCAUCGUCAUCCAGACCAGCAGCGGUCUUACCGACGAAGACAUUGCCCUGAUGAUGUCGGAGGCGCAAGCCAACGAGGAGUCCGACCGCCAGCGCCGCGCCGAAAUCGAAACGCGCAACCAGGCGGACAGCCUGGUCUACUCGACGCAGCGGUUGCUUACCGAUAACGCCGAAGCAUUGCCGGCAGAUUUGAAAAGCGGAGGCCGAAGGCAAGCUGGAGGCGCUGCAGACUGCCAUCGCGAGCAAUAA